AUGAUAGUUUCUAGUGCACUGGGCAGGGAACUAUUUGAAAAAAUGGGUAAACCCAAAACCAUUGUGGCUCCUAUGGUUGAUCAGUCAGAGUUGGCUUGGAGAAUUCUUUCCAGAAGAUACGGAGCUGAACUUUGUUACACACCAAUGUUUCAUGCCCGCUUAUUUGCUACCGAGGAAAAAUACAGAAAAAGCAUGUGGAGUUCUAUGGAUGGGGAUGUGGAAAAGGAUAGGCCAUUAGUUGUUCAAUUUUGCGCCAAUGACCCUGAUUAUUUGUUGAAGGCAGCAAAGCUAGUUGAAGAUAAAUGUGAUGCAGUUGAUUUGAACUUAGGCUGUCCUCAAGGUAUUGCAAGAAAGGGAAAGUAUGGUGCAUUUUUGAUGGAAGAUUGGGACUUGAUCCAUAAUUUGAUCAAAACACUAAGUGAUAAUUUGAAAGUUCCGGUCACAGCAAAGAUUAGAAUUUAUGAUGACAAAGAGAAAUCUCUAGAGUAUGCUAAAAUGGUUUUGAAAGCUGGUGCACAACUUUUGACUGUACAUGGAAGAACUAGAGAUAUGAAAGGCCAGGCCACAGGAUUAGCCAACUGGAAAAUUUUGCGAUACAUUCGAGAUAAUCUCCCCGAGGAUCAAGUAUUCUUCGCAAAUGGAAAUAUAUUGUACCCGUCUGAUAUCGCGAAAUGUAUAACCGAAACUACUUGUGAUGCAGUGAUGUCCGCAGAGGGUAACCUAUACAAUCCAGGUGUGUUCUGGACAAAGGAUAAUAAUAAAGAAAAGCAAUUCCCAAGAGUUGAUAAAAUUCUAAGAGAGUACUUUGAGAUAGUCAAAACUUGUCAAAGUGAUGCGUCAAGGCACUCAAUGAAAGCACACUUUUUUAAGUUGUUGCAUGCUUUCUUAAAUGAACAUAAAGAGUUAAGACCAAUAAUAGGAAAAACCAGUGUCCACUCACCAUUUGAAGACUGGGAGAAAAUUGUUCUCCAAGUAGAAGAGUUGGUGGAAUCUAUUUUCAAGAAUCCGAAAAUUGAACAGAUGGACUCCAUUAUAGAGGGGGCACAAGAGCCAUGGGGGGGCUCUUAUAAGACCAUACCGUAUUGGAGAUGUCAACCAUAUUUCAGGACCGUGAAUGGAGAGAAACAGAAUACAAGAGUUCUCAAGAUUGCAGGUGAGGUAACUGAACAACAGAUGCUGAGCAAACGAAAGGCUGGGGAUUAUUCUAAUUCGAACUCAGAGAUUAAAACAAGGAAGAUUGAUGCUGAAGUAAAUAAUAUCUCCACAACUACAGUUUGA